GACGUGACGACGUUCAAUGUUACUGUCACGUGGAAAAGCGUCGCCACGUAGGAACAUCGUGGGGCCCCUACCCCAAGGUAAAGCCCCCCAACUUCAGACCCAGAGACCAGAGAGGGUUCUUUUUCUCUUUUGUUUGAGAUCUUAUAUUCACGGACAUCGGAAAUGGAGGAAAGCUGCCGGAGUAACUCGCCGCUGGUGUCGGAAAAUCUGGUGUUGGAGAGUUGCUUCGCCGUGUUGACUCGAUCGAACUCUGGCGAGUCUUCUCUGAUAAUUGAGAAUUUCAAAGAUGAGUUGCUUCAGAGUGGAAAUGUAACCGCGGACGAGUGCAUGGAGUGGACAAAUGAGAAGCACAAUACAUUUCUUGAUUGUCUUGAAACAUCAUUUGUUAAGCAGUUGCACAGAUCAAUGGUCUUGCGUGCUGGUUGUAUGGAACUGAACAGGAGUUCCAGAAAUUUGUCUAAAAAGCUGUUCAACAAUGAUAAAGCUAAUAAGCAGUUCACCGCGUGGCAAGAUGGAUGUUGGAAGAUCAAUAUUGAGAGCAACCAACCUGAGCUGUUGGUUGGGCAGGGUGAGGAGUACCAUCACGUUACAGAUCUCCAAUUAUGUUCUAGACUCUAUACUGAGGAAAAGCAAAGAAGAGAUAAGAGGACUUCAUUUCAUGGACUCGAAGAAAGAUCGGCUCUGCCCCUUCCCAUCCCUGCAGAACUUCAAAAAUCAGUUAGCAGAAUUGCUGAAGGAUCGGGUCAGAAUUUUGUGGAUGAAGAUUUGGAAGAAAACUCGAGGAGCAAAAAGCUGAAGACAGCCAUGACAGAUACUGCAGACAAUGGGCAAAUUGUUCCAACUGGGAAGUUCGGAGAGUUCCAGAGAAAGGAAGAAGUAAAUCUUGAAUGUCAGUAAAUCAACCACGACUUUGUCCCAAUUGGUGAUGCGAAGUCCUUUUUGAACGCAGCUAAAACCUAGUAUAAUGCUGGAACAACACUGCCUUACACACACAAGCAUCUACUAGCAAGCUGGUGCGUGUUUCAAAGAAACAACCUUUGACAUGUUUGGAGGUGCUAACUACUAAAGAUCAAUUCUAACUUUCUGUAGAAAAAUGGACCACUUUUUAGCUCAUACAGUAGUGACUUGGAAAAGAAUCUGGAUCACAUUUGCAUAGAGUUUCUCCAUUACAUUAAAAUUUGUAAAUGACCUAUUAGAGAAGUUAUGACAUGAAGUUUUAGAA